ACGGUACCGUGGCGUGUUUUUUUCGCCAGCCCAUCCCACAACCGAUGAAGUCGACGGCGCUGCUGGCCGCGCUCGUCGUCGCCGUCCUCACGCUCUGCGCGUCGGCCGACCCGAAGCUGCGCUCCAAGCUCGGCGACCAGUGCCACGCUGUCGGCGACUGCCUUCCUUGCGCCAAGUCGGAAGCGAACGAAAACUGGUGCCGGGGCACGGGCCACAAGCAAGAGCUUCUCUGCAAGAGCGAGACGGCCAACACAACGGUAUAUGAGCGCUGCAUACCGCCCGCGGCGAACCAAGACUUUUCCGUCGUCCUCACCUUCGAGGCUGCCAUGUGUGGCAUCCUUGCGCUCGCGUCCGUGCUGCUGGCGAAAGAAAAGAAGAAGCACAUGAGCUCGUUCGACUUGCGCAAGGACCCACGCCAGCCCAGCAAGCCGUUCCAGACAUGAUAAUGAUGCACACUGUCAAUGAACCUUAUUUGCAACG